CUGUUUACCAAAUUCAUCUCUUUCAUUGUUGGAAGUUUUAUAAGGUGACAAAUAAUGAAUUGAAGAUCAUUUCAGUAGUCGUGAGUGGUAGUAGUAGCAGCCGCAUAGUAGGUAUCUUCUUCAGCUUCUGUCAGUCUCCUUGAGGAAACCAAAACCUCUGUUGACGAGUGAGGAAAAGGAGGAUGGUAGGGUUUUUUGGUAGUUGUUAGUAGUUUUGUAGUGAUAGAGAGAUGAUGGUUGCGAAAAUGACUACAAAAAUCCUUUAUAACCCAAGGAAUUUGACAAUUACUACCUCCUGCUCACCAAAAACACCACCAACACCUUCCCACUCCAACAAUAAUCGGAGGCUCAUCUUCUGUUUAAACCUUUCAUUUCGCCGCCCAAAACUCUACUACCCUCCUCCUCCUCCUCCUCCUCCUCCUCAUAAUAAUAAUAUUAUUAAUAAUCGAUAUCCCCAACAGCCACGCCCUGUGCGAGCCUUCUCUCUCCCACAACACCACGACGACGACGACCAAUCACCCGACGAGGACGAUGACGAUGACGGCGCUCACAAAAGCUGCUCUUCUUCUACCCUCAAAGAUGAAGAAGAUGGAGAAGAUGGAGAUGCGAGAGAAGCAGUUUCCGAAAUUCUUCAAGAGUUUGGGGCUUCCAAGGAGGACUCGAUCCACAUUGCAAUGCGAUCUCCCAAAUAUUUGGCCAUGCUUGUUGAGAGCGUACGCGACUUGGAUGACCUCUCUCUCUGGAAUUCCUGGUCCAGGAGGAGAAGGAGGAAUGAUGAUGAAAAUAUAGGAAAGGAAAAGGAGGAGGAGGAGGAGGAGGAGGAGAAAAGUCUGUUGUCAUUAAAAGAGAAGGUGUAUUACAUGGGCAUGGAGAAAGGCGAUAAGGGGAUGCUUCCUUUCCUUGAGAGCCUUGGCAUGACUCUGCCUUCCGCAACUCACUUGGCCCGCUAUCUCUCUUCCCAGACUCUUCCCAACCUCAUUCACAAGGUUAAGUAUGUGAAGGAAAUGUUCUUUUCUAACAGUGACGAUAAAGGGCUUAUUGGAAAGAAUGCUCGCCGAAUGAUGAUGUACCUAUCAAUUUCUGUUGAUGAGGAUGUGCAACAAACCUUAUCAUUUUUUGAGAAGAUUGAAGCAAGGCGUGGAGGUUUGGACGUGUUGGGCUCCCAAGAUGCCUCUUUUCGAUACCUCAUUGAAUCAUUUCCACGUCUUCUUUUGCUAUCAUUGGAAUCUCAUAUGAAGCCAUUGGUGGAAUUCCUUGAAGAUAUUGGAGUGCCUAGAGGGUGCAUGAGAAAUAUUCUUCUACUGUUUCCACCCAUUUUUUUCUACGACAUCGAGAAGGAUAUUAAACCAAGGAUACAAGCUUUUCAGAAGGUAGAUGCAGGAAAUAAAGAUUUUGGCAGGAUGUUGCUGAAGUAUCCAUGGAUUCUUUCUACAGGCAUUCAAGAAAACUAUGAAGAAAUCCUUUCUUUUUUUGAUAUGGAGAAGGUACCAAAAGUUAGUAUUGAUCUUGCAAUCAAAAGCUGGCCUCUUCUUUUGGGUUGUUCAAUUGGCAAGCUGAACUUGAUGGUACAACAGUUUGGUGAAUUAGGUGUUAGAAACAAGAAAUUAGGUCAGGUCAUUGCCACAAGUCCUCAGCUGUUACUGCGGAAACCUCAGGAAUUUCUGCAGGUGGUGUCAUUUUUGAAAGAUUUGGGACUUGAUGAGGAAACAAUUGGUAGCGUACUUGGUCGCUGUCCUGAAAUCUUUGCUACAAGCAUUGAGAGAACUCUCAAUAAGAAACUUGAUUUCUUUAGUACUAUUGGUAUCUCUAAGAGCCAUCUUCCUCGGGUUAUCAGGAAAUAUCCAGAGCUUUUUGUAUGUGAUGUUGACAGAACCCUGCUUCCUCGCAUGACGUACUUAAUGAAGACGGGGCUGUCACAGAGGGAUGUUGCGUUUAUGGUCCGUAGGUUCUCACCAUUACUAGGCUAUAGUAUUGAAGAGGUUUUGAGACCAAAGUUAGAAUUCCUAGUGAACACCAUGGAAAAGCCUUUAAAGGAGGUGGUGGACUAUCCAAGGUAUUUCAGUUACUCACUGGAGAGGAAGAUCAAGCCCAGGUACUGGGUGCUGAAGGGAAGGAGCAUGGAAGAAUGUAGCUUGAAAGAUAUGUUGGGUAAGAAUGAUGAGGAAUUUGCAGCCGAGCUUAUGGGUGUUGGAAUUGUUUCCCCUCCCCCUAAUCUUCAAUGAAUGCUGUGUGUAUAUGAUAAAUGCUUCCUUUUGUAUGCAUAUUAUAGUGGCUCCUUUGUAAAAUAGUCGACAAUUUUUAACAUAUUUUUAAGUUCACAUCCUCAUGGUUAUAUAUACAGUUCUUGGCCCUAGUUUGGAUGUUGGAUUUCUGCAAGGAAGGCAAAUGAAAUUAUUUGUGCACAUCCAUAAGAA